AUGCAUGAAAAGGCAGGUCCCCAGAUGUGUGUGGAGGGUGCUUUCCUGUGGGCGCUAUGCUGGCGAGGUCUGCUUCUCCUAUGGGUGGUGGCGGUGGGUCUAGCGUCCUCGGCUGACUCCCUGUGGCCCUGUCCCCAGCGUUGCGAGUGCUACGCUGAAGCGCUGAUGGCCAACUGCUCCAGUCGCCGCCUGUCGUCCGUGCCACAGGAGGGCAUUUCCGGGGACACCCAACGCCUCGAUCUUUCCCGCAACCGUCUGAAGGCCUUGGGCCGACGGCAGUUCUCUGGGCUGGGUCAACUGAGGGAGCUGGACCUGAGCGACAAUUUCCUGUCGUCGAUCGAGGUCGAGGCUUUUCUGGGCCUCCAGAACUUGCUCACGUUGCGCUUGUGUCGCAACCGGCUGAAGCUCAUCACCGUGGGGGUCUUCUCAGGGCUGUCCAACCUCCGCCUGCUGGACCUCAGCGAGAACGAGAUCAUCGUCUUCCUGGAUUACACCUUCCGGGACCUGGCGCGGCUCCAGCGCAUGGAGCUUGCCGAGAACGACCUUCUGUUCAUCUCCCAGAAGGCGUUUGUGGGGCUGUCCAACCUCCAGGAGCUCAACAUCAACCGCUGCAAUCUCACCCGCACACCAACGGAGGCGCUGUCACAGCUGGGAGGUCUGGUGAAGCUGCGUCUGAAGAGGCUGGCCAUCACCUUGCUACCCAACAAUGCCUUCCAGCGGCUGGGUCGUCUGAGGGAGCUGGUGGUGUCGCACUGCCCCUGGUUGGAGUCCCUGGCGGGGAACAGCCUAUUGGGCCUGAACUUAACCUCUUUGACCCUCAGCCACUGUAAUCUCAGCAUGUUUCCCUACACGGCACUCCACCACCUGGUCUAUCUGCGCUACCUGGACCUCUCCUACAACCCCAUUGGCUCGGUGCAGGGGAACUUGCUGGGGGACCUUCUGAGGUUGCAGGAGCUGUAUCUGGUCGGAGCGAGCCUCUUCCAGGUGGAGCUGCAGGCCUUCCACGGGCUGGCGUACCUGCGUCUCCUCAACGUCUCGUCCAACGAGCUCGUGACGCUGGAGGAGGGCGUUUUCCACUCUGUGGGGAACCUGGAGGUGCUGAGACUGGACGACAACCCGCUGGCGUGCGACUGUCGCCUGCUGUGGGUGAUGCGUCGCAGGCUUCGCUUGAGCUUCGACGGUGCGCCCCCGACCUGCUACACCCCAUUGCAGGUGCAAGGCAGGACGUUUCAGGACUUCGCCGAGUCCGAGAUGCCCGGACUGUUCACCUGCCGGCCCCCUCGGAUCGUCAGCCGCAGGCCGCAGGAGAUUCGCGUGGAGGAAGGGCACACGGUGCCGCUGGUGUGCAAGGCCAACGGCGACCCCGUGCCCUCCAUCGUGUGGCUGGGCCCGAAACGCACCCGGCUCUCCCCGACGGGCAGGAUACGAAUCCUUCCGGACGGUUCUCUGGAGGUGCGUUACGCCCAGGUGCACGACGCGGGCACCUACCUGUGCAUAGCGUCCAACGCAGCAGGAAAUGACACCUUUCCUGUGUCCUUGCGAGUACGUGGGCUGCCGGCGGGCCGCAACCGCUCGGCCUCCUACUUCCUGGACGGGUGGAAUCUGGUGACCUCACCAACGACCACCGUCAACGGCUCCUCGCAGAACACAAAACCGUACCCCUUUGACACAAAGACGCUGUUCAUUGCCGUGACGAUGGGUUUCCUGUCUUUCCUAGGCUCCGUUGCCAUCUGUUUUGUCCUAGUCUUCCUCUGGAGCCAGAGCAAAGGCCAGAUCAAGCACACGGCCCACAUCGACUAUGUGCCCCGCUCGACUGGUGGUGGCGGUGGCACCUCAACAGAGCCCAGCAAGUUUACCAUGAAGCUCAUUUAA